AUGUCCGCUUCCAAACGUUUCACCCAACUAGUCUGGUCCGCCUUCCAGCGCAACGCAGGGCACGAUUCCAACUCAUUCGGACACCUGGUCGUGAAGGAUGCGAGGCCUGGGAAGGUGGAGGCGGUGAUGGAGGUCAAGAGGCAUCAGAUCAACCGGCUGAAUGGCCUGCAUGGCGGCUUAAUCGCCUCGCUAGUCGACACAAUGGGCUCACUUGCGCUCGCGAGUAAAGGGCUGUACAUGACGGGCGUGUCGACGGAUAUGAGCCAGACGUUCGUACGAGGAGCAAAGCUGGGCGAGACGGUGCGGAUACAGAGCGAGCUCGUCAACUUGGGCAAGACGCUCGCUUUCACCCGGAUCGAGCUGUUCAGCGCGGAAUCGGGCAAGCUCCUCGCUUUCGGCUCACAUACCAAAUACAUCGCGGACGCGCUAAAGAGCGACAAGAAUGUCAAGUUUAGCGAGGACGGCGAGCAGCUGGUGCAGGGCGAGAUGCCCCGCGAGUAG